CUGCUCUCAUUCGCGAUUCUCCGCCGCAGCAGCCGGAAAGUGGAAAACUCGUGGACCGUAGAAGAUUCUCCCAGAAAUGACGUCCUCUUUAAACGCAUCCUUACUGGCCACUGUGGCUACUUCGAUUCCGGAAUCCCAGUUCAUAUUUAACUCCACACACUACUUUGUACUGGCCCUGAUGCUGAGCAUCUCGGCCGCAAUUGGAGUAUACUUUGGAUUCUUUGCCAAGGGGGAGGACACCACCGAGGAGUAUCUGAUGGGUGGCAAGCGGAUGAAGACCAUUCCCAUUGCCAUUUCCCUGGUGGCCAGUCAACUAUCGGCCAUAUCCAUAAUGACUAUUCCGGCGGAGAUGUACGCCUACGGAAUAAAUUGGGUUUUCAACGUAGUCUGUAUGUUGUUUGUGGUGCCGAUUUUAAACUACGUGGUGAUCCCAGUUUUCUACAACAAUAACAUUACCAACUGCUACGAGUAUCUGGAGAUGCGAUUUAGCCGUAAAGUUCGGGGCCUGCAGACGUUUAUAUUCAUUGCGACUUUAUUUUUCAUGCUGCCCAUUUUUAUUUUUGUUCCUUCGUUGGCAUUUUCCCAAGUUACUGGAUUCAAUGUUCAUAUCAUAAACAUAAUUGUCUGCGGCAUCUGUGUUUUCUAUACAAUGUUUGGAGGCAUAAAGGCCGUGGUAUGGACGGAUGUUAUUCAAGCCGCUAUAAUGGUAAUCUCUGUGAUUUUGGUGGGAGUUUUGGGUGCCCAUCGAGUUGGUGGCCUCUCCGAAGUUCUUCGGAUUGCUGGAGAGGGUGGCCGCUUGGAUGUAAACUAUAAUUUUGAUUUGUCAACACGAGCCACCUUCUGGAAUAUUUUUUCUUCAGCCACAAUUCUCUGGGCGGGAAAUGCUGGACUAAAUCAAAGCUGUGUCCAGCGAAUCGUGUCUCUUCCUUCGUUGUCCCAUGCCAGAAGAUCCUUGGUCAUCUUUGGAUUCGGCUUCAUUGUCAUUAUGUUCUUCAAUUGCUUUACGGGCAUCGUGAUGUAUUCCCGUUUCCACGACUGUGAUCCCAUCGCAAUUGGGCAAGUGUCCAAACUGGACAAAAUGGUUCCCUAUUUCGUACAGGACACAGUGGGACACAUCUGGGGCAUGCCGGGUGUCUUUAUAUCCUGCGUGUUCAGUGCUGCUCUGAGCACUCUCUCCGCCAGCAUUAAUUCCCUCGGCGGGGUGGUGUACUUUGAUUACAUAAAGCCACAUAUCAACCACACCGAGCACAAGGCCAACGUGAUCAUGAAAAUCUUUGUGCUCAUCGCGGGAAUCCACUGUGUAUUUGGCGGCAUGGUGGUUGACAAGUUCAGUUCCAUCUUCCAGGUAGUCUACUCCAUUGUUGGAGUUAGCUUCGGAGCCAACUGUGGGGUGUUCCUGCUGGGCAUGUUGAUUCCCAAGGCUCAUGAAAAGGCUGCCCUGAGUGGAGUAGCGGCCAGUAUAGCCUCCAUCCUCUCCAUCGUAAUUCUCAGCUGGGGACGUAACCAGUAUGAUCCUAUAAGCCAAAGCACCGAGGGAUGUCCAGCUAACAUGCUGAAUACAACGUUCUCGGCGGAUUCGAUCCUUCAUACUCAGAAGGAACAGGAGUCUAGCAUCCUAGAUCUCUCCUUCAAUUGGUACGUGGCCGUGGGAUUUCUCAUCACUUGGCUAGUGGCCCUUCCUCUCAGUUUUAUCCUCAAGGAAAAAUCGGAUGCUAAACGGAAUCCCAAGCUGCUUUCGCCGGUGAUUCGUCCAUUUGUCAACUAUGAGCUGACUCAAAUGGAGGAGCCUCGCGAAAUAAAACUGGAAAUUUUAGAAAAGAAUUAUGGAUAAAAAUUUAAAUUAGACCUGAAUAUAUUAAUACAAUCGAUUAAAUGUAGUAUAUAAAUAUAAUUAUUAUUAAAACAAAAUUGA